AUGUCCCCAAAGAACGCUGGCGAGGCCGAUGAGAUUACCGGCCAGAGCGCUCUUCCCAUCUCCCGAAUCAAGAAGAUCAUCCAGCUGGAUGAGGAUAUUGUACAAUGUUCCAGCAAUGCGACCUUUGCCAUUGCUAUGGCGACUGAGAUGUUCAUCCAAUACCUUGCUGAGCAAGGCCAUAAUGUGGUCAAGUCAGAACGAAAGCCGCGAAAGACUGUCCAAUACAAAGAUCUAGCGGCUGCGGUCUCCCAUACCGACAAUCUCGAGUUCCUCUCCGAUGUGAUCCCUAAAACUACAACCUACAAGCAAUUCAAGGAGAAGAAGGCAAAAGAAACCGCCAAACAGGGCGAAAUGGAAAAGGGCCAGCGGACGCUCAAUGGCACGAGUGCUGCUGCUGCACCCGCUAAUGAGAACGGGGCUACUCCUGAGAAAAAGUCUCCUCAGGCAGAUGAAUCAAAGGCUUCAUCGCCGACGGUCCCUCGCACACCAGUGGUUCCCGUGAGUGCGCUGAUCGCGGACCAGACGGUUGAGCCCCCGGCUGCCGAGAACGCCGACGUCGAGAUGAAGGAUUGA